GCAGCGAGAACAGAUCGCUUCCUAAGAGUAGUAAAACACUGAAUACUGGUUGUGCACGAGGAAGCUGACAGCCGUUGUGAACAUUUUUUUCCUGUCAUGUCUCGCCCGGUCUCACGCUCCGGCAGUGAUCGCUCUCGGAAACGUUCACCACGACCAAGCGUCGACGAGGGGGUGGUUGUCGAACACAGUCCCAAUUCCAGUCGCGGAUCGUCCUCCAGCGCCGACAGCCUGGCACCGCCGCAGUACUCAGCGCGGGAGAGACUCGGCUUGUCGCCGGGUAUAAGGCGGGCGCAUCACGGGAGUGUUGGCGGCUCUGGAAGUCGCAGCCCCCUGCUACCUGCGACCCGUCUGCAAAGAAAGCAGCCGACGUGGCGGUCGCAGUCCUGCAGAAAACCCAGCAGACGACACCUUGAAGUGCCCCGUGAAACGUGCCAGAAAAGGCGCAACAGUCUGCCGGACGCGUACGACAUAGACGACGAAGGGCACAUCUCGGAUGAUGCAGGAGGGGAGUUUUACCGAGUCAGAAAUUUCACAGUUUCACGCAAGGGUUUAUUCAACAGGGGGGACUCCUACAAACGUAGGGUGCUUCUCCCUCAGCCGACGCUGGGAACCGGUGAAAGCAGUGACAGUGUUUUCGCAGACGACGAACCGCCGGUUUCGCCACGUGCAUCGCCACGCGACAGUCGAACGUCAAGCACAGCGGCAGACCGUGUCUUCAGGGUGGCGGUCCUGGGGACCCCUGGAGUAGGAAGAAUGUCCCUGGUGCGACAGUUUACGACUUCCGAAGACGUGGCUGCAAGGGGAACGCAUUCGGGGAACAAAACUUCAGACCUAUCAGUUUCAGUACUUUUAGACGGACGGGAAACAGAAAUGCAGUUCGUGACAUCCACGCUUGAAGAGGAAAAAAUCAUGUUCUGGAACAAAACUUCAGACCUAUCAGUUUCAGUACUUUUAGACGGACGGGAAACAGAAAUGCAGUUCGUGACAUCCACGCUUGAAGAGUGCCGCGAUAAAGACGUGGACGCCUACAUUGUCGUCUACGCUAUAGCCGAUAAGUGUUCAUUCCAAUACGUCUCUGAGAUCCUUCAACGAUUACGCCAGACGGAGGGCGAGCAAUGCGCUAUCAUCCUCGUGGGGAAUAAAAGCGAUCUCGCGAGAACGAGAGUUGUGAGCACAGAUGCUGGAAAGAAACUGGCGUCAAUAUUCAACUGCAAAUUUAUCGAGACAUCAGCUGUCCUUAAUCACCACGUUGACGAGCUGCUAGUGGGGACGCUGAGUCAAAUUAACAGGAGAGAAAUGCAGGUUGACGCCAUUGUGAAAAGAGACGCUGCGGAGGAAGACAAAUCUCUGAAAGAAAAAAAUCGCAUUUUCUCGAGCCUUAAGGCCGCCAAGGGACUUCUCAAUAAACUGUUAAGAAAAGGACCCUCCUCUAAUUCAUCAACGCCUUCAGACACAAAACUCAGCAUGCGAUGA